AUGGCUUUCAGCAACCUCACGGAUGGCGCCUCUAGCGUAGAUAAGAUGAACGGCGUUGGUAUGCCGCUUCUUUUCCUCUCUGUGAUGGCCGUGACUAUCUUUAUGACACGUCCUUUGCUGCAGGUGGCUGUGACUUUGGCUUUGACUGACACAACUUCCUGUCUCUGCCUCGUUGCGGCCCUUGCGAACAUGGCGCUCUCGGUGUUCCUCUUCUUCACCACCGCGUUCAAUUACGGCCUCGUCUCCACAGUGCUGGCCUACUGCGUGGUUUUCUUAAAUGGCCGAGAGAGCUUUCGCCACUACCUUGUCCAUUUGUUGGCAAUAUACCUGUUGUGGUUUCUUGUGCUGGUGGGUGUCCCGGCGGAACUCAACCAUGGCAUCAUCAGGGCCACAAACAGCGGCGAUUGUGUGGCAUUCUACGGCACGUACGCCUCAACGAUGUGUGUUGAUGGCUGGCUGGCCUUUGUGAAGGUUGUCGCGUGCUUUGUUCUGGGUUUUACUCUGCUCUCCUUGCUUCUUCUCGUGACCGAGGUACUUGGCUCGGAGCGGUUGAGUGUGGCCCGCACGCAGUCCCCCGGUGGAGAGGACAGUAAAGUGCCUACAGGCGGAGGUAGGGAGUGA